GCCGUGCGCUUCCCCUCGUGGAAAUUCCCCGACAAGGUGUCCUGCGAGCUGGACAUCGCCGUGCUGCUGCAGCGCUACCGGCACAGCGACAGCGAGCCCGAGUUCAGCCAGCACGCACACGUGGUGCUGCUGGAGCUGCUCAUUGACAGGUGA